AUGAAGAUCACAUCAUUAAUCACUGCGUCAUUAGCAUUAUUCAGUUUUGCAGCUGCUGAGGAAAAACUACAAAUUGGUGUUACUCACAAAAUCCCAGAAGAUCAAUGUCAUCGUAAAGCUCGUAAAGGUGAUACAGUCCAAGUUCAUUACACAGGUACUUUAAAAGAAGAUGGUAAAGAAUUUGACAGUUCUUUGAAAAGAGGUGAUCCAUUAGAAUUUAAAUUAGGUACUGGUAUGGUCAUUCAAGGUUGGGAUCAAGGUGUUGCUGGUAUGUGUAUUGGUGAGAAACGUAAAUUAACCAUUCCUUCCCAUUUAGGUUAUGGUAAAAGAGGUGCCGGUGGUGUUAUCCCACCUGAUGCUGAUUUGGUAUUCACUGUUGAAUUGGUUGGUAUCAAAGGUUAUGAAAAUAUCAAGGAUGAGUUAUGA